AUGUUGCUUAGUUCCUCUGCUCUCAUCAGCCUUGCUGGCAGCAAUCUCAUCAGCCUUGCUGGCAGCAAUCUCAUCAGCAUUCCUGGCAGCAAUCUCAUCAGCUUCCUGACAGCAAUCUCAUCAGCAUUCCUGGGCAGCAAUCUCUGGUUACUGAGGGACGCUUUCACACCUGGAUGUCAUCAGAUUCUCAGUUCACAUGGCCCUUAUUCACCAUGCACCAAAACAUGGCUUCUCUCUCUCCUUCCUGUUCUCUCAAAAAACUCUGUUUGAAAACUCCACCUCUUCAUGAAUAUAGAAAUCUCUAUGCAGUCUGA